CCUGGGGGAGAGGGCAGGCGGGCUCCCUGCGCGGGCGCGCCGACCUAGCUGCGCUGGUGCUGACGCUGCUGCUGCUGCUUCGGGCCGCCUGAGGGCCUGGUUUGUGAGGGUGCGCCGGGCCAGGUGGUGUCCGCCCAGCUUCAGCCUCACCUGUCACCAUGAAGCUGCUGCACCCAGCCCUCCCCAGCUGCCUCCUGCUGGCUCUGCUCGCUGUGUGGACAGCUGCUCCUGAGGUUCAUGCCGUGUCCGUGGGGACACCCGCCAUCAGCGCAGCCUCUUUCUUGCAGAACCUCAUGCAUCGCUACGGGGAGGGCGACAGCCUCACCCUGCAGCAGCUGAAGGCCCUGCUCAACCACCUGGACGUGGGAGUGGGCCGGGACAACGUCUCCCAGUCCGUGCAGGGACCGAGGAACCUCUCGACGUGCUUCAGUUCUGGAGACCUCUUUGCUGCCCACAACCUCAGCGACCAGUUGCGGAUUGGGGGGCGUGAGUUCCAGGAGUUCUGCCCCACCAUCCUCCAGCAGCUGGAUUCCCGGGCCUGCUCCUCCGAGAACCAGGAGAAUGAGGAGAACGAGCAGACAGAAGAGGGGAGGCCCAGCUCAGUUGAAGUCUGGGGGUACGGUCUCCUCUGUGUGACCGUCAUCUCCCUCUGCUCCCUGAUGGGGGCCAGCGUGGUGCCCUUCAUGAAGAAGACUUUUUACAAGAGGCUGCUGCUCUACUUCAUAGCUCUGGCGAUUGGAACCCUCUACUCCAACGCCCUCUUCCAGCUCAUCCCCGAGGCUUUUGGUUUCAACCCUCUGGAAGAUUAUUAUGUCUCCAAGUCUGCAGUGGUGUUUGGGGGCUUUUAUCUCUUCUUUUUCACAGAGAAGGUCUUGAAGAUGCUUCUUAAGCAGAAAAAUGAGCAUCAUCACGGACACAGCCAUUAUGCCUCUGAGACGCUCCCUUCCCAGAAGGACCAGGAGGAGGGUGUGACGGAGAAGCUGCAGAACGGGGAUCUGGACCACAUGAUUUCUCAGCGCUGCAGUGGCGAGCUGGAUGGGAAGGCCCCUGUGAUGGACGAGAAGGUCAUCGUGGGCUCCCUCUCUGUCCAGGACCUGCAGGCCUCCCAGAGCGCCUGCUACUGGCUGAAAGGUGUCCGCUACUCUGACAUCGGCACACUGGCCUGGAUGAUCACCCUGAGCGACGGCCUCCAUAACUUCAUCGAUGGCCUUGCUAUUGGUGCCUCCUUCACCGUGUCUGUCUUCCAAGGCAUCAGCACCUCGGUGGCCAUCCUCUGCGAGGAGUUCCCACACGAGCUAGGAGACUUUGUCAUCCUGCUCAAUGCCGGCAUGAGUAUCCAGCAGGCUCUCUUCUUCAACUUCCUCUCUGCCUGCUGCUGUUACGUGGGCCUGGCCUUCGGCAUCUUAGCUGGCAGCCACUUCUCUGCCAACUGGAUCUUUGCCCUGGCUGGAGGAAUGUUCUUGUAUAUUUCUCUGGCUGAUAUGUUCCCUGAGAUGAACGAGGUCUGCCAAGAGGAUGAAAGGAACGGCAGUGUCUUGAUCCCCUUUGUCAUCCAGAACGUGGGCCUCUUGACUGGUUUCAGCAUCAUGCUGGUCCUCACUAUGUAUUCGGGACAGAUCCAGAUCGGGUAGGGCCCUGCCAGGAGCCGGCGGGGUUGGCAGUCGGGCCCUUGGCCGCUGAUCCCUGGCCCGAGGACUCCUCAUCCAGGAAGCACCUCGGAAGAGGCAGUUCUAUUAAAAACUGUGACAUGGA